GUUUCAUUCCCCCAACACCUUCCUUCUCCUCGUCUCAAACUCUUUCGUUUCCUUCGUCUUUCUCUUAUUAUUAUUCUUAUGGUUAGUCUUACUGACCACGCUCACUUCUACGCAUCUAUCUUUCCUCAUCCUUAAAUACGGUCGGCUCUUCUCAUCCACGCUGUGCCCUCCGCCGGGCACUAUGACCACCUCCAACGGGCCUCCUCGCCCGUCGUUUAACAACGCGGAUCACCCGGAAACUCGGGAUCAGCUGCUUGAACAUGAUGCGACUCUGAUAGUCUCCAACUCGGUCUCUCUGACCAUUGGAGGCGACUCUCUUUUGAUUGUCGAUGAACGUUCCAUGCGCAAAGCCGAGCGUGGGUGUUGCGGCAUCGCCAGCAAAACAGCCAAGCCCACUCACUCCAUUGCACUUUACAAUGUCUUGGACGCCGACCUGUCGCCCGAGGGCCUUACUAUCACUUAUGCGGAGCCGGCCUCCAAAGAGGAUGUCUCCGUGUCCGCCCUGCGAUACCCGUUCGCACCCGAAGAAAAGGCUGCGGUAGAAUCCUGGAUGAACAAACUCCUGUCCGUUGCGUAUGGCACCGCCAAACGAUACAAGAGACUCAAGGUUCUAGUCAACCCGUUCGGUGGUCAAGGCCACGCGGUUAAAUUGUACACCUCGUAUGCAGCUCCCGUCUUUGCUGCAGCCCGCUGCCAAGUGGACGUGCAGGAAACAACGCAUGGAGGCCACGCCGUCGAGAUUGUGGAGCAACUGGAUAUCAAUGCAUAUGACGCCAUCAUUUGCUGCUCCGGAGAUGGUUUGCCGUACGAGGUUUUCAACGGUCUCGCGAAGAAACCUAAUGCCGGUGAAGCUUUAGCUAAAGUUGCCGUUGCAAUGGUGCCUUGUGGGUCCGGAAACGCAAUGGCCUGGAAUCUUUGCGGAACGGGCAGUGUCUCAGUGGCGGCUUUAGCCAUCGUAAAGGGUAUCCGGACGCCUAUGGAUCUGGUCUCAAUCACGCAGGGGAAGACUCGCACGCUGUCCUUCCUGUCACAAUCCUUCGGUAUCAUCGCGGAAUCCGAUCUCGGCACGGAUGAUAUCCGAUGGAUGGGCGCUCACCGUUUCACCUACGGAUUUCUCAAGCGCAUCAUGCGCCGCGCAGUGUAUCCGUGCGAUCUGGCAAUCAAAACCGUGAUGGAUGAUAAACAAGCGAUCAAAGAUCACUACAGUGCUUACGCGCAGAGCCAGCCUCCUAGUCGUCUGGAUGAGGAUACUGCAGAACAGCCAACCGGGCUUCCCGAGCUCGCGUACGGCACCGUGCAAGACGAGCUACCCAAGGACUGGGAAGGUAUUCCAGCUGAGAAUCUCGGUAACUUUUAUGCGGGCAAAAUGGCCAUCGUGUCCAAGGAUACGAACUUCUUUCCUGCCUCUUUGCCCAACGAUGGUCUGAUGGAUAUCGUCACCAUCGACGGUACUCUCAGUCGUCUGACCACGCUCAAAAUGAUGACUGCCAUCCCUGAAGGCGAAUUCUUCGAUAUGCCCGACGUCAAAAUCCGCAAGGCUCUUGCGUAUCGGCUUGUGCCCCACGAAAAGAAAGGCUACAUCAGCAUUGAUGGAGAAAGCAUUCCUUUUGAAGCUUUCCAAGUAGAAAUCCACAAGGGUUUGGGCACUGUGCUGUCGAGGUCGGGACACCUAUACGAAGCCGAAGGACCCAAACCUUAGACGUUGGGGAUGAUACAAGCGAAAAAAAAAA